CCUUCCUUUCAACCCCAGACCUAGGUUUUCCUGCCCCUACUGUUGUGAAACUUGGAGCCAGUUGUUUUCGUGGUUGCAGAAUCAUGAGAAUCUUGUGGUCAGACAACCCUCUUGGUUCCUUUCCAACUUCCACGGUCCGACUCCGACAGUUGCUAAUUGCAACCUUCUGAUAUAUCAUCUGUUGUGAAUUUUCUAGAAGUGGACGACUUCAUUCCCUCCACGGUUGUAUUGCCCGGGGGGUAGGGGAAGCAUACCAUCUUGCAGGAAGACGCCUGGUAGUGGGUUGUGCGACCUCCUCUGUUAUUAAUCAAACUUCCCUAUUACGGUGCCAUAAAGGCAAUGCUGGGGCAAGAGAUUGAUGAAAAGGAGAAACAAUUGACCUGCAAAAGCAUGUGAGAACAUCGAAUGCGGAAUCAAAAAAAUGUAUGUGUAAUCAGGAAUUUGUAAUGAUGCUUGAGAUGCUGUGAUUGGUGAGGAAAGAGAAAAAAGGAAAGCCAUAGCAUUCAAGAUGCCUCCGAAAACCCCUUCACCUCUAAAAACAUCUGAGAAGCAGUACCGAAAGAAAACUCCGUUGGACCCAAUAUCUGCGAACAAAAUUUGGGCGGAUAUAUGCAACCAGACUGAGAGGAUGGAAAGAAAGACGGGCCCCUUCCAAUUCGAUGUUAGGAAGUCAUGGGACCAAUUGGGAUUGAUCACCCAUAGCCAGUUCUGGAACGUGAUAGACAAACCCAAUCAUCGAAUGUAGCCACCCUCUUUGCGACGUUCAGAAACCCUUAAAAGAAAUCAAAGCCCAAUCCUGAUCAAGUUCGUCAAUGCAGGAAGUGUGGUUUGGAUAAUGGUUUAACAGAUAGUUUCUGUUUCCAUGAUCUGUGGAGAGUUUUUUCAAGUUUGUAGGAGCUGGAGAUUCUUAGAAAAUGGGGAUUUGCUAGAGAGCGAUGCAGUGAUUAUUAUUCCUGACAAACCUAAUUACACAACUCCCGAUGUGAAAGUAACGAUGAAAGAAUACGAAGAGGCUAUAAAGUUGUUGGAGAAGGUGGAUCCAAUUAAGAAACGAGAGAAAAUUCCACCUGAGAAAUACAACUUGCCAGCCACAGUCGCUCAGGAUUAUGGCUGGUACAGCAAGCCUUUGAUCAAGAAGCACCCAUUGUUCCAGUUCCCCAAGGGCAUGUGUGAGAUUACUGAGUACGCAGAUACGUAUUAUAAAAGUCAAGGCAGGAAUCCUUUCCAAAAGAGGGAUUUCACUGUGAAAGACCACAUGGGCAAGGGACCAACCAGUGCUAACCCUAAAUCUCCCUUAAAGUAGACUCCACAAUGCCAGUUUUACUGUUCCAGUGUGUUUCCUUGAGUUGUGGACACUUUUGCUGUGUUGAAUGUUGAUCAAUAGGUGUCGAAGAAUUUCAAUCCUUCAAUGUUGUGACUCAAACAUAUGUAUGUAUCCAUUCUGAAGAAUUUCAAGGCUGUUAUUUUUCUUCGAAGAGCAUCCGGUAAUUGGUUUGAUGUCAAAAUUGUGCGUAUUACAGAUAAAAAAUGAACAUGAUUCAUUGUUUAUUCUGUUACAAGGGCAACAUGUGCUCUGCCACACCUGUAUAAAUUUACGAUAUUUCAAAUGUUAAUUUUCUAAAAGAACAGUAGAUGUUAAUCAAUGUUUUUUUUGAAGAUAGUUACAUUACAUUACACUUAAAAGUUAACAAACCAAAUUAAAGAAGGUGAAAAUUUUGAAAAAGGUAAAAAGACCAAGAAAACAUUGAAAGUUUUGGAAAAAUGUAAAGAUUCAUUAUGUGCCCAUGAAAGAUGUAUAAAAAAAUACCACUUAAAAUAAAAUUUAAUGCCAAUAUUUUUUUAUUUCAAAUACAUGGUUAAAAGUUAUAAAUUUAGAUUUGUAAAUAUUAUAAACACCCGCGUCAAAAAAAAGUUCCAGAAUAAAUGUAGGAACUUAUUGUCUUAAGCCAUGCAAAUCUACAAAGAUUAGCACUAAGUUCACUUACACAUGGGUCAAUACAAACCCUCAAGUGCAGUAUAGUAUCACAAAGUCAUGCAAGUGAAGAUCACAAUUCUCAAUGAACCAAUGAUGAAAAUAUGUAUACUUGAGGCUUCAACUUGUCAAAAAUCAAAAUCCAAAUAAUUUACUCAACAGAGUAUUGUUGAUGAAAAAGAUUUCUUUCAUACUUUUAAAAAAAAGAUAAUCAAUUUAUCUAUCUUACUUUCUAAUUAUAUAUUUUGUUUAUAUUUAUUUUGUUUAUAUUUAUUAAAUACUUUAAUAAAUCAAAAUUUCAAAUUUAUUCGAAAACUCUAGAUUUCAUUUUCUAAUUUAUGAAUCAGGUGACUUUCUUCUGA